GCAACCGCAUCUUUGGUCUUCGAGGGCGGGAGCAGGAGUGAUCUCCCCCUCCCUUCCCCGGGGACCGGCUCCACUCCGGUGGCCCGAGCCUGCGGCCUCCCCGGCCCAAGAUGAACGAGGCCCGCAGGAAACCCCGCCUGGCCGCCUCGCUGCAGAUCCCGCCCGGCCUGGGGACCCCCCUCCCCGCCACUAGUCCGGCCCGGACGACGCCCACCAGGCCGGAGGAGGAGGAGGAGGAGGAGGAGGAACAACUGGACACCCCGGGGGCAGGGCCGGCGCCUGCUGAGACAAGCCCCCCUGAGCGCCCUCAAGAAGAAUCCAAGAAGCAGAAACCGACCACCUCGCUUCUCGGCUCGGAUAAAAUAGGCCAAAACACCGUGCUCUACUGCCAGCCGACAGACAAUGUGCUGACCCACCAGCAGCGCUGUGCGGCCGUGGUCAGUGCCAUGUUUGACCGCCUGGUAGACCCCAACUCACCCUACGUGGGCUGCAAGAGCAGCGUAGCAGCUUUCAUCCUGGAACGGGAAGUGACAGAUGCCCAGGGCUGCUGCCAGGAGACCUACGAGCUGGUGGCCCUGGGCACGGGGACGGACAGCUACGAGGGCUGGCUGGAGUUCAACGGGCGUCAGCUGCACGAUGCCCACGGCCUGGUGAUCGCUCGCCGGGCCCUGCUCAGGUACCUGUACCGCCAACUGCUGCUGGUCACCAGCGGGGUCCCCGAGGCGGCCGAGCGCUCCGUGCUGGCCCCAACCAACCCACCGGGUCUCGGCCCCAGCCUCACCCUCAAGCCGAGGAUCUUCCUGCACCUGUACCUCAGCCAUACCCCCACCGGAGCGGCCGAGAACUUUUACCUCCCCUUCCCAGAGCCCCAGAGCCCGGCCCUGCGCCUCUGCGUCCACGCUUCGGGGAGCCUCAGACCCCUCUGCUGCCUGCGCCCCGAAGUACGGGCCACCCGUGUCUUCUCCUUGGCGGGCAGCGACAAGUUGGCCCGCUGGGCCGUGCUCGGCCUACAGGGAGCCCUGCUCUCUCAUUUCCUGCUGCCGCUCUACACCACCAGCCUAAUUCUGGCCGACUCUUGCCACGACCCAUCCACGCUGAACCGGGCCAUCCACUCCCGCCCCAACCUGGAGGAAGGCUCGGGCCCGGCCCUGCCCGCCCCCUUCCUCCGCACCCCCAUGCAUCUGUUCACCGGGCCCAACCUGGGCCCCGUGGACCCGCCCCCCACCUGCUGGGGCCUGAGCCUCAACUGGAGCCUGGGCGACGAGGCCCCCGAGAUGGUGGACGUGACCACGGGCUGCGUGCUGGCCAGCUUCCCUAGGGCCCGGGGCCCCCCAAGCCGCCUCUGUAAGGCCGCCCUGUUCCAAGCCUUCCGCAGCAGCGCCCGUGCCCUCGGCCGCCAGGACCUCCUGGACCUAAGGACUUACCAGCAGGCCAAGGCUCAGGCCUCGAACUACCAGGCAGCCAAGGCGGCGCUGAGUGCCCGGCUGGACCAGGAGGGGCUGGGACACUGGCUUCCGAAGCAGCUGGUGGACAGCUUCUGCUGCUGACCGGAGCCUCCACCCCCACCCUCAGCCAGACCGGGCUGGUCCGGGAGGGAGUGGGGGCCGCGCAGCCAAGCCUCUGGGCUUGGCUCGUGUGUUCAAGUUGGAGGGCAGUUGUAUUGGAGGGGAGGGUCUGGAACCCAAGGUAGACCCCUCCCCAUCUUCUUCUCACCCAUCUCCGCUCCCCUCCAUCUCACCGUUUCUGCCACCCGCCCCCCGGGUUUUGCAAACUAUUUAAUCAAUAAAGCUUUUGUCCCUCCA